CGCAGUUCGGGAGCCAGAGCCGGGAGCGGAGGCUGCCAAUCCUCAUUAGGGACAGAUAGACAGACGGGCUGCUAUGGAAUCUUCCUACUACGAGAUCCUGAAUGUGCCUCCAAACGCCUCCCCUGAUGACAUCAAGAAGGCCUACAGAAAGAAGGCACUAGAGUGGCAUCCAGACAAGAAUCCUGAUAACAAGGAUUUUGCGGAGCAGAAGUUUAAGGAAGUUGCAGAAGCCUAUGAAGUGCUGUCUGACAAGAAUAAGCGGGAUAUCUAUGACCGCUAUGGCAAAGACGGACUCUCUGGGGCUGCAGAUUCAGGAAGUCCAUGGUCUGGAUCUGGGGGAUUCACCUUUACCUUUCGAAAUCCCGAUGAAGUCUUCAGGGAGUUUUUUGGAAGCCAAGACCCAUUUUCUGAAAUUUUUGAUGACCGAGGCCUAGGACAGGGCCCAACGAGUCGCAGAACCUUCUUUUCCUUUGGGUCUCCCUUUUCUGCCCGUCCAGCCUUUGCUUCAUCCAUUUCCUUUGGUAGUGGGGCCCAUGCCCUACGUUCUGUGUCCACCUCUACCACUUAUGUGGAUGGUCGUCGAAUUACAACUCGAAGAAUCAGGGAGAAUGGAGAAGAACGGGUAGAGAUUGAGGAGGAUGGGCAGCUGAAGUCAGUCCUUGUCAAUGGUGUCCCUGACGACCUGGCACUGGGCCUGGAGCUGAGUCGUCGAGAACAGAUGCAGUUGGACAGUGAGUCUAGUGAUUCUCUGCCCAAGGCGUUCCGUUCCUUAGGCAUCUCAGACAGUGAGCCUUCUGAUGAAGAUGAGGACAUGCAACUUGCCAUGGCCUAUAGCUUGUCUGAGCAAGAGGCAGCAGACAAGCACGCAGGCGGUCGUCGGGUUAGCCAAAGGCAUGUAGGUCCUGGGGCCUGGACUCAAGAGGCAACCCAGAAGAAGUCACCAGGUGGGCAGCGGGCCAGUCCACGGCUCCGAAAUACUGGGACCCGGGGUCAGGAUGGAUCUGAGAAGAAGUCUGCAGGUGGGAGGCGGACCAGUCCACGACUUGGGAGUCCUGGAACCCGGGCCCAAGAGUCAGGCCAAAAGAAGUCUGCAGAUACCCCUCCAUUUCCCUCUUCCCCCAAAAGGCCUUGACACUGAAUGAGGAAGAAGCUGGAAGGGCCAUGGGUCUUCAGGGUAGGUUGGCUAAAG